AUGUUCCUGUCGCUCCUGGCCCUGUGCCAAUCGCAACUUAAACCUCACUUGCAGUUCCAAGUGAUGUUGGGCUUCUUUGGCCCCAUUGCAAACCUGGUGCCGCACCUGGGCCCUCAGGCUCCCGGCAUUCUCCUUCCUGUCCGACUCUGCGUUGUUAUCAGGGCAUGGGCUGCAGAGAUCCCAGAGAGUGCGCUGGUGUCUGUGGUGCAACUGCUUCAAGGUUUCCUACGCAGUGAAAGUCCCAAGGCGGUACGAUUAGCCGCACUGUCGCCGUUGCGUGCCAUGCUGGACCGCUUCUCAGAUAGCGAAGCCUGGACAGAGGUCCAAGGAGGACUAAUUGACUCUUGCUUGGCCCUGCUCAGCAUCGUGAAAGCACCGGAGGUGCAGUGGCGCUGCUUGAAUUUGAUCCACCUGUUCUUAGUCGAAGAGGCCGAGAGUGGCCGCUAUCAGGCCACGGAGAAAACUCUCGAGCAGCUGGUCGCCCUUUGGAGACGGCCAGAAGAUGGCGAACUGCUGAUCCGGCAUGCGCUGCUGGAUGUGCUCCGUGCCCUGGUUCUCAUGUCGGACCGAACGCGAAGUCCUCGGUUGGCCCUGUCGCCACCUUUGUUAUCAUGCUGCCUGACCGUCAUUUCAGAUUGCUAUGCUGUCCACAGAGGCCCUCCCUCGCCCCAGCGGAGCGGCUACGAAGCGACCGCAGCAUUGCAGGUGCCUCCAGAAGACGUCCAGGCAGAUGCAGAAUCUGCAGCAGGUGCUCUUGGUGAUGUGGGCAGUGCCACUGCGACGCUCUUCGACUCUGGCAGUGUCCUAUUCUUGGGAGUGCUGAGAACUGUGGACGUGGAGCAGGCUGCACCCUUGAUGCCAUUCUUUCCAAAGCUCCUUGCGCAGCAGACGACGAUGGGAGGACCUCCACCGGAAUGGACCAUGGAUAUUCUGCUGGAGUACUGUGCACUUCAUUGCUCAGGGGGUGCAGCUGCACACCUGGUGCAGUUCUACCCGGCGCUACUCCAGAUAUGCCAGUCACAGCUCAACAUGCCAGAUCAGAGCCGAACGACAGACAUGUGCCUGCAGCUGCUGCAGUUGCUGGUGGCUCAUGCUCCAACAGCAGACGCUCUGGCAAAGGCACGAGAAGUGGCUGCGCCUCUUUUCAGGCUUUGGGUGACAACGGCGAAUAGCACACCCGGGACCACGAAGAGCGCCUUUGCGUAUCCAAUUACAACCUUCCUUGGGCUGCUUGGGGCCUGGCACGCUUCUCAUCCGAGGGACUUCCUCCAGGAGGCCAGUGCAGCCGGAGCGCCAGGGGCGCAGCGCGCUGCGCUGCUACUCGCCGCAUCCUGCAAGCAGGCGGCUGCAGUGGCCCUGCGCUCUUCCGUCAUCAGCGCCGCCCUGACACUUGCAGAGAGCGGUGUGGAAGACGCGUUUUGGAAGGAGAUCCUCCAUGGCUGCAACGACUUGAUCAUGGCCGCGCAGAGGGGUAUUUCCAGCGCACUCGCUAAGACGCUGCAGUCCCUCAAGUCAAAGUUAUCUGCCAAACUUCCUGCGCCAGCCCGCAGCGCCGCAGAGUUGCAGAUGUGCCUACUGCCAGCAGACCUCCGGCAGAGCAACCUCAAAGAGGAUGGCUCCCUGGAAGAUGCGACUGUGGCACGCUGGCUUUUCGGCCGGCUGGCUGCCUGGUUAAAGCAGCUGGGUACCACGCACGGCGAGCAGGUGAAGGUGCUACUGGCCGCUGCACCUCAGCAGGUGCAGGAUGCUCUGAGAAGCAGUGGCUUGUGA